AAUUAAGAGAAACGUUUCUAGAACGCAAUAAAAAUUGGGUUUCUACUGCUUCUCAGUAAAAAUAAAAAAAUAUCGCCAAUCUCAAACUCAUUUUUGUUUCUUUUAUCAUUUGUCUCCUUCUAUUGUCUCCCGUGUCGUCAUUUUUAAUUCUUUUUCAACUGUUCUUGACGCUGAAACUCGGAGCUAUUCAUUCUUCCGUUAGACUCCGUGUGAAGUAGGUGAAAUUAUAAAUUCGAUAAAUUAUUCGAUAAAUUAUUGACGAAAUAAAUAUGUCUAACAAUAAGAUAUUAACAUGGAUUAAGCCAUAUCCAGAGCUUGUACUGGAUAAAGAUAAAGUAUUCUGCAGAGCAUGCGGUAAAAUUAUAUCCCGUGACAGAAAAUAUUUAAUAGAUCAGCACGCUAAGACUCCUUCACAUAUUGGAAAAUGCGAAAAAUUUAAAAAGUCUACUGCUCUUCACCAAACUUUAGGCCAAUGCUUAAAAAAUAAUUCUAAACUGGCCGAACAAGAAGUGUUCAACAAAGAUUUAUGUCAAGCUCUAGUCGCUUCAAAUAUUCCUUUAAAUAAGUUAAACAAUAUAAAUUUUCAAUUAUUUCUUAAAAAAUAUUGUAAACAACAUAUUCCUGAUGAAAGUACAUUACGAAAAAAAUUUGUAAAUUCAUGUUAUGCCGAAACAAUAUCUAAAAUCAGACAGAUUAUAGGCAACAAUUAUAUUUAUUUUAUAGUGGAUGAAACUACCGAUAGUUGUGGUCGGUAUAUUGCGCAUUUAUUGAUAGGUUCUCUUUGCGAAGAUAACGUAAGUAAGUCAUAUUUAAUAUCGUCAAAACAGCUUGAAAAAACAAACAAUUUAACAAUAACUCGCUUCAUUCAAGACGGAUUGUCAGAAUUUUUUUUACUCGAGCAUGUGCCUUCUCAAAAAAUUUUACUGUUAUUGUCAGAUGUCGCACCAUAUAUGAUUAAAGCUGGCCAAAAUUUAAAAAUAUUUUAUGAAAAUUUAAUCCACGUCAGUUGCUUAGCUCACGAUCUUAAUCGUGUAGCUGAAGAAAUUAGGAAUCAAUUUCCAUUAAUUAAUGAUUUGAUUAAAAACGUAAAAAAAACCUUUUUGAAAGCUUCUCUACGGGUUCAAUUGUACAAAGAGCAACUUCCCAAUACUCCACUUCCUCCUGAACCUAUAAUAACAAGAUGGGAUACAUGGCUGACGGCGGCUAUUUUUUAUGCAGAUAAUUACAAUCCUAUAAUGAAUAUUAUUCUUGCUCUUACGAAUUCGAGCUUUGCAAUUGAAAAUUGCAUAGAAUUAUUUAAGAAGUCCGAAAUUCAACAACAACUUGGAUUUAUUAAAAGCAAUUACAGUUUCGUGGCAAAAAUAAUUGAGAAAUUGGAAAAAGAAGGGAUGAGUUUGUUAGAAUCAAUUGAAUUAAUCGAAGAGUUCGAAAUUUUAUGUAAAAAUGUUAAAGUAUGUUAUACUGUGGACAAUAAGGAAGAUAAUUAUGGAGGGGAGGGGUGA